AUAAACACUUACAAAUUCCUACUCUUAGUCCCUUUUUUCUAGACUCCAUGCAGACCGCUACCCUUCUGCUGGGAAAGCAUUUUUUCAUGGAAGACAUAUUACAAUGAGUUAAAUUACAAUUGGUUUUAUACUUAUUAUAUCUUAGAUACCUAUUGCCACUGACAAGGUUUCAAAGGACCCAUCUAAACCUUUGAUGUUUUGCAAACUACUCAGAUCUCAUCAACAAACUAUCCCUCAGUUUAGUGUUCCUACUUCCUGUGAACAGGUAGCAAGCAGUGCCAUUAUUUUAGCCUGGUCUUGGUGGAACACACCACAGAGGUAGCAUCUCAUUGCUUAAGGGGCUGGACACCACAGAUAUGCCAUUUUAAGGGUGUAGGAUCUGUUUUCAAAGUAUCUGUAAUGAAUUGUCAAGCAAGUAUAAGACAGCAACAAACUGGGUAGUCAAUGUUGGGAAGAACAAGUCCCCAGUAUGAUGGUAAAAGGAUCCAAGAAGCAAAUAGAUAAUAUGAUUAAAAAUUCCUGAAAUCCUUUCUCCAGUUCUGAGCAUGCCAAGACUUUAUGGGCAAUUUGAUGACUGCCCUGUGGCAAGCAUGUCUGGUGAGAAUCACACUGUGGACGGCUCCUGGUUGCAGCUAGCAUUUCUUACAAGAAAAAUCACAUUGGUUCCUUCAGGAGUUUGCCUCUUUUUAUCCAUUUUAUUCUUAUUUUUAUUAACUUCAGUUUCAGAAGGUGACAUUCUAUGACUUCGUCUCCAAAUUCUGGGGCUACACUCUGAGCCUACCGACACUUUCUGCAGUAACAACAUAUAACUGUCUUCUCUGCCUUUCCUGUGAUCUUCCUAAUACAGAGCACAGAAUUUUUUGUAAUCUCUUCUCUGUUUUCUCUAGGAUCACAAUGGGCCACCUCCUUGCAUUUCUCUUGGGAUUGGUAUUUAAAGCCACUUCUGUGUAUGGAAUUCCUUCUUGCUCAGCUGAUGGACAGCUCGCCUUUUAUCGUUUCUGCAACCUCACCCAAGUCCCCCAAGUGCCAAAUACUACAACAAAGCUGUUGUUAAGUUUCAACUACAUCAGGGUAGUUAAUGCCACUUCAUUCCCUCUAUUGGAUCAGCUUCAAUUUCUAGAGCUAGGAACUCAGAACAUUCCUCUGACCAUAGAGAGAGAAGCUUUCAGAAACCUGCCCAACCUUUUAGUCUUGGAUAUUGGCAACACUAAAAUUCAGUUUUUGCAUACUGAUGCUUUUCAAGGCUUGUUCAAUUUGGUUCAACUACAGCUAUAUUAUUGUCAUCUCUCAGAUUCCAUUCUAAAAGAUGGCUAUUUUAGAAAUUUAAGUUCUUUAGCUAUAUUGGACCUAUCAAGAAAUGAAAUAGAAAAUCUCCAGCUUCAUCCUUCUUUUGGAAAUCUGAAAUCCUUGAAAUCCAUAGAUUUGUCCCUGAACCACAUAUCCCUCAUAUGUAAGAGAGAUCUUGAGGUUCUCCAAGGGAAAAGAUUCUCUUUGUUUAACCUUGCUUCCAAUAACCUCUAUAGUAAGGUCUCAGUUAACUGGAAAGAAUGCAUGAAUCCUUUCAAAAAUAUGUCCUUUGAGAUCUUAGAUGUCUCAAGCAAUGGCUGGACAGUAGAUAUUGUACGAGACUUUUGUCAUGCCAUCCAGGGAACCAGGAUUUCUUCUUUGCUUCUCAACUACCAUAUCAUGGGUGGAGGGUUUGGUUUUCAUAACCUAAAAGAACCUGACCAAGACACAUUUGCUGCACUGGGCAUGAGUUCAGUGAUAAAAAUGGAUAUUUCCCAUGGCUUUAUCUUUUCCUUGAACUUUCAUCUGUUUGAGACUCUCAGAGAGUUGAAAGUUAUGAACCUUUCACAUAACAAGGUAAACAAGAUUGCUAAUGGAGCAUUUUAUGGCCUUGAUAAUCUUCAGAUUCUCAACCUGUCCUAUAACCUUCUGGGAGAACUCUACCAAUCUGAUUUUGCUGGGCUGUCUAAAGUUGCUUAUAUUGAUCUACAAAGAAAUCAUAUUGGGAUAAUUGAAAAGCAGACAUUCAAACACUUGAAAAAUUUACAAACUUUAGACCUUCGUGACAAUGCUAUUAAAACAGUUUAUUUUCUGCCAAGCGUACAUACUGCCUUCCUAAGUGGCAAUAAGUUGGUACAUAUAGAAGAAAACAUCAACAUAACUGCCGGAUUCCUUGAUUUAGCAGAAAACAGAUUGGCAAAUCUAAAUGAUCUCUAUAUUCUCCUCCAGAUUCCAGAUCUGAAGUUCCUUAUUUUAAAUAAAAAUCGAUUUUCCUUCUGUAACCAACAGUAUGGUCCUUCAAAGAAUCACACCUUAGAGCAGCUUUAUCUUUCAGAAAAUAUGUUGCAACUUAUCUGGGAAGCAGGAAAAUGUUGGGAUGUGUUUAAAAGACUUUCCCACCUUAAAAUCCUCUUCCUCAAUAAUAAUUACCUUAAUUUCCUUCCACCUGAUGUUUUCAGUGAUUUGACUGCAUUACAAAUCCUUAGCCUGGAUGGCAACAAGCUGAUAUCUCUUUCUCCUGGUGUUCUACCUGAAAAUUUAAGAGUCUUGUCUUUAUCCCAGAACCACCUACUAUCUCCUGACCCUACUGUAUUUGCAUCACUGAGCUACCUAGAUAUAACCCAUAACAAAUAUAUCUGUGAGUGUGAAGCCAGAAAUUUUAUACUUUGGUUGAACCAAACCAAAGUCAACAUGCUUGGGUCCCCUGAGGAUGUCUACUGCACAUACCCUGACUCAUUCUCUGGGGUCUCACUCUAUUCAAUUUCCACAGAGGGCUGUGAUGAAGAGGAAGCUUUACAAUUUAUUCAUUUCUCACUUUUUAUCUUCUUCACUACCACCUUGACUGUGUUCCUCACAGCAGUUGUGACGUUCACAAGAUUCCGUGGAUGCUGUUUUCUCCUCUGGCGUAAGAUGUUCCUGACACUAGCACUUGAAUACCAUCCCCAGGGAGUAAAAGAGGAUCAACACAAAUACGAUGCCUAUUUGUGCUUCAGUAGCAAAGACUUUGAAUGGGUCCAGAAUGCAUUCCUCAAUCACUUGGACUCCCAGUACAGUCCCAAAAAUAGAUUUAAUCUCUGUUUUGAGGAAAGAGACUUCCUUCCAGGAGAAGACCACAUCAACAACAUCCGGGACGCCAUAUGCAACAGCAAGAAAACCAUUUGCAUUGUGACGAGGCAUUUCCUUAAAGAUGGCUGGUGCAUUGAAGCCUUCAAUUUUGCUCAGAGCAGAUAUUUCUCUGAUCUCAAAGAUGUCCUCAUAAUGGUGGUAGCUGGAUCCCUCUCCCAGUAUCAGCUAAUGAAAUACCCACCUAUCCGAGUCUUUGUACAGAGGCAACCAUACCUGAAGUGGCCUGAGGACCUUCAGGAUGUUGGCUGGUUCUUAAAUAAACUCUCCCAAAGCAUAUUAAACAAAAAAGAAGAAAAGAAGAAAUCCAAUAACAUCCCCUUGCAAACUGUAGCAACCAUAUCCUAAUUAAAGAAGGCAUUCUCAACCUUAACUCCUGCUGGAAGUUAUUCUUCCCAUUAUAUUUGCAUUACAUAUGUUUGGCUCUUUCUUUGAAAGCAGCAAAGUGAUGGAGUAGAUAGAGUGCUAGAUUGGGAGUUGGGAAUACAUGAAUUCAAAUCCUACCACUGACCUUUGCUGGCUGUGAGACCUUGGACAAGUUUUUUUUUUUUCCCCCCUCUUUAACUCUAGUUUCCUCAUCAGUAAAAUGAGGAUGACCAUAUGAAGCCGACCUCACAGGAUUUGUGUAAAGAUCAAAUGAUAUAAUUUCUGUAAAGCAUUUUGUAAACCUUAAAGUGUUCUCUCAAUGUUAGCUCUCAUUAUUAUUCAUUGGAUUUUUCUGCUAAGGAAAGAGAGAAACCUUCUGUUUUUCAUAUUCAUACAGUGAUCUACUAUGCUGGCUUAAAAAUGAAAAUUAAUGAUUUAGAAAAUUGGAAUUGACCCUAAUAACCAGACCAAAGACUUGGAGUGCCCUCACUCUCUAAUACUACUCUCUAGGACACAGUAUUAAUGGCCUUGCAUGAAUUUUUCUCUUGGUAACAUAUAAGCUAUGGAGAAUAUCCUAAGGAUGAGGAGGACAACUUGGAAAAAGAAAUAGGUGAUGUUCAUUCAUCAUUAUUCAGUUUAGUAGAACUAGUGGCAUUCAUUGUUUCUGGGCUCCCUGGAAGAUUGCUUCACAUUAGACUUGGGGGGGGAGGAAUGGAAGGAAAGAAAGAGAGGAGAAAAAAGAGAAUCUUCUUUCUUAACUUCUGAUCCUUUGGGGUUUUG